AUUCAUCAUGAAGAUUUGUUUUUUGAUUCAUCUAAGCCUUCUCUUUAUUGGAGCUGCUGCAUCCCCAACUCCACCUUUACCCCCCACCACUCCCACUGAGGACGGACCCUGUCGGAUCUACAACUCUGGCCGUUCUGCAGACUGUCGUGGAAAACUGCUGGACAGCGUCCCGCAAAGACAACUCCCACCUACACUUGAUACCAUAGAUCUCUCCUACAAUAAACUUCAAGUUGUCUCUGAUACCGACUUCCACCACCUCCCUCAGCUCCGCGUCCUUCAGCUGCAAUACAACAACAUAUCACACAUUCACAACGAUGCUUUUAAAAAUAAUACUCUACUGGAGUAUCUGGACAUUUUUAAUAACUCCCUGCAGUACAUUCCUGCAGCAGCUCUGACACCACUGUUGGAACUAAAAAACCUCUUUAUGUCCAAUAAUCUGUACAAACAUGCCACUCUGGCUGAUAGCUUCUCCAAAUUGGUCAAACUCCAGGUUCUGUCCAUGGGUGGCCCUUUGGUGAUGGGUUUAAAAAGAGAUGAUUUCCAGCCCUUAAAGAACAUCAAGUUGCAAGGUUUUGCUAUCAAAUGUUCCUCCAAUCUGAGUUAUUAUGAACCUGGGAGUUUAAAAACCAUCCAGACCCAUCAGAUGGGCUUUGACAUGGCUAUAGAUCGACUGCCGGACGCUCUUCAUCACAUGCUGCAUGACCUGGCCAACAAAACAUUCGCCGUUAUUCAGUUUCGCAACCUCUUUGAAUUCGAAUACUAUGUGAGAAAUGAUGACAUUUUCCAAGAUUUAAGAUACGUUACAGCCCAUCAGCUCAUCUUUCACAGAGGCAAAUUCAAUGAGAAUCUCCUGAGGAUGGCUUUACUGAACAUGCAAGCAAACCUGAUCAAGAGGCUGAGACUUCAGUACAUUGACUUUGCCCGUUCACCAACAUUUAUUGACAGCGGAGCAGGUUCCAGCAUCACAAACCUGGCACUGGAUAAGCUGGAUCUUUGGUACAUCAGCAAUCCAGAUGUGCUGCGUUUCGACUGGCGCUUCACCUGGUUAAAAAGAGUCAAGGAACUGUCUAUUCGGUUCGUGUAUUUCAACUCUGCACCUUGUGAUUCCUGGGCUGAGAUGGAAGGUGUGGAGACUUUGGAUGUCUCCAACAAUCGCCUGAAGAAUGACUAUAUUUUCAACCAGAGGUGUGAUUACAGAGGCAGCAUGCCAAGUCUGCGCGUCUUCAACCUAAGCACCAACGAGCUGACCAGCUUAAGAGACGUGUCUUCUCUAACCAGGGAGUUCAGGCAGCUACAGGUGUUGGAUCUCAGCUCCAACAAACUAAUGUCCGUAGAAGAAAACCAAGAGUGUGUUUGGACGCAAAACAUCACUCGUUUUAUUGUUUCCGACAAUCCGUUGACGAGCAAAGCCUUCGGUUGUCUGCCCACCUCAGUGCGCUACUUGGAUCUCUCCUACUGCAACCUGGACCAGCUGGACAUGGCGUUCUUUAAGAAAGCCACCAACUUGGAACACCUCCUGCUGAGUGGAAACAAGAUUAAGUUCAUCCCGUUGAAGUGGGAGAGUCCGUCACUGCGGUUUCUAGCUCUGGAUGGGAAUUCUUUUGGCCUGAUUAGUAUGGAAUCCUUCCAGCAUAUGCCGCAAUUAUCCGAGCUAAGAGCUGGAAACAAUCCUUACCAUUGCAUCUGUGAGCUUCAUGUGUUCGUUCAAAACACAAUAUCAAAACAAAAGGUUAAUCUCACAGACUGGCCUUUGAAUUACAGAUGUUAUCACCCCGAGCCCUUUGUCAACACACUUAUAUCGAACUACCUCCCCGCUCAGCUAGCCUGCGACAUCCGACUCGUCAUCAUCACCAGCGUUGCCGUCACUACGGUCGUCAUCCUGAUAUUUGUGCUGAUUUGCUAUAUUUUUGACCUCCCUUGGUACACUAAGGCCACAUACCAGAUAAUCAGAGCCAAAUACAGAGCUCACAAGGAGAAAGCAGCGGGGGAACUGGAGACGUUCACCUACCACGCCUUCAUAUCCUACAGCCACUCGGACGCUGACUGGGUCAGGGAGCAGCUCCUGCCCUGCUUAGAGAACAACAGGAACCCCUACCGGCUGUGCAUUCAUGAGCGCGACUUCAUGCCUGGAAAGUGGAUCAUCGACAACAUCAUUGAGAACAUUGAAAGCAGUCGUAAGGUCAUUUUCGUCCUCUCUCGUCACUUCGUCAACAGUGAGUGGUGCAACUACGAGCUUUACUUUGCUCAGCAGAGAGCGAUGGGGAAGACCUUCAGUGACGUCAUCCUGGUGGUGAAGGAGCCCAUCGAUCCCAGCUCCUUGCCCAGCAAGUACUGCAAGCUGAAGAAGAUGCUCAGUACCAAGACGUACCUGGAGUGGCCCCAGCAGCCCAAUCAACAGCAUUUCUUCUGGGCGCAAUUAAGGAGCGUCCUGGGGAAACCAACAAUGACACGGGACAGAGCGAACAGUGUGAGGAGCAUGAAUUCCUCUGUGGGAAGGAUGUCUGUGAUUGCACCCCGAGUAGAAGAAAUGAUGCCAGAAGAAGCCGUACCUGACGCAAACAAAAAAGCAGAACCUGAAAAAGACAUAAUUGACAGAUAUGACUUUGAAGUGUCUGGUCAAGCACAAAUUCAUGCAGUGGAACUUUAUUACAUGGCCUUACAUGGCCUUACAUGGCCCUGCAGCGGCUCACCUGUCCGGGGGAGGAGCUUAUCUGAUCCCUGUGUUUGCUCACAGGUGACAGAACCCCGAUAUAACGGAGGAGGAGAGAGACGGAGCUGCAGCCUCUCCACACUCAGCAUCCGUCAGUGUCAGCGAGUCCAGUCCCAGCAAGGCAAAAUGAGUGCCAAUCUGCAAGGAGUGAUGGAAGACCUCAUCAAGGUGUUCUACCGCUACUCUGGAAAAGAGGGGGACAAGUACAAGCUGAACAAGAGAGAACUGAAGCAGAUGUUCCAGGCGGAGUUUGCAGAAGGCCUUGCUGAUCCGAUUGAGUCGUCUGAGGUCGACAAGAUCAUGAAGGACCUGGAUGCAAACAAGGACGGGGAAGUGGAUUUUCAGGAGUUCAUCAUCCUGGUGGCUGCACUCACCGUCGCCUGCAAUGACUUCUUUUUGGACCUUGUGAAGAACAGCAAGAAAAACUAAAAGUCCAAAAUGAAGCAGUGACAUUGGUGUGAUGGUUUCAAUCAAUGUAUCGUAAUUCACGACCUUGAAAUGUUCCAAUAAAUCACAGCAGCUGUUGUCUUAAUCUUAAUAAAUCAUUAUUGAACAUGAA